AAAUGAAUAAUAGACAGAAAAAGACAAUGGUUUUUCUUACUCAACAAAGACGUCAGUUAGGACAAGUGAGUAAGACGAAAAAGAGCAUACGUGCACAACAGAUGAAUAGAAAAAGAAAAGAACAAGAACAUACAAUAUGGCUCUUUUAUGCGGACUCAAACCCAUGGGAAAAAUUUCGUUACUUUAAAAUGCUGCGAAGCGCGUUAAUGCUGACCAGUUUAACGCGUUUCGCAGCUGUUAAAUCGGUUAAAAACGCCGCGAGACGAUAUACUUUCGUUUUCAUCCGGGAAUUGUGGCUUCGAAACGCGUUUUGAGUAAGUGGAAAAAAGAGUUAUAUACGUUUCUCACCAUGGGAAACGUUGCGAACGCGUUAAAUCGGUCGACAUUAACGCGUUUCGCAGUGAAUAUAUCCUAAUUUUUUAUCCCAUGGGAAUCGCAAAAAAGCGCCAAAACAAAGCUCUUAUAAGCGAACCGCUCCUUUAUCCGAAGCUCUCAUAAGCGGACUUUGCCAGCACGUAAAACACAGGAGAAAAAAACGGAGAAUUGGAAAACGGCUCUUAAAAGCGGACCGCUCCUUUAUCCGGAGCUCUUAUAAGUGGACUCGACUGUAUGAUUGUUAUGACAGAGAUAGAUUCUAUUAAAAAAGUAGGUAAAUGAAUUCUUGUUGAUAUGUUUCCACUUUAUGAAUCGAUAUUUUUAGUCUUUAUUGAAGAUGUGAAUAUGGGUAAGAGAGAGAGUAUAUGAUCCAUCAACACAUCCAAACAACAUCUACAUCCACACCAAGACUCACGACGAUGAUAAGAUCGCAUUUUGAACGUGUGCAAAUAAAUCAGCACAUAAUUUUUCUAGAUUCGUUUCAUUUAUGAAUGCUUGUUUAAAUUGACGUCAUUUUUCGAUAUUCGUUAACUAAAAUAAAUAAAAUAGAUUUUUUUUGAUACAAUUAAUAUGUGGAUGUUUUCUUUUAUAGUACCUGCAGAUGAUAUUCUCGACCAGCAAUAAGAAAUAAACGAUUGUCUAAUUUUUCAAAACGAGCACUGAAACGUGAUGACGUCAAUGAAAACCUAAAAAAAGUAAAAAACAUACUAUAUUAUCUAUGAGAAUUCAUUUUGACAUUUCAAGGUGAAAUUUAUUGAUUUUGUUUUGAUCGUUAUUCCUUCGGAUUGCAACAAAGAAGCUUUUUUUUCAUUGAUGUUUUACUAUUUAUCUUUUCCAAAUAAAUUUUAAUCGUACGUUUAAGUCUUGAUCAUUUUUAAGAAGAAAAUUAGGAAGAAUAAUUAGCCAUAGGUGAAAAAAAAUAGUUCAUGCAACAGCCCAAAUACAACUUCACUCAAUUUUACUCAUAAGAAUAAAUUUAGAAAAACUCCUGCAAUAUUAAUUCACUAUUAAAUCAUCAAUACGAUAUUUCAAUACAAUUUUUUUUCUCUAAAGAUUAAGGAUAAAUGAUUGAAGUAAAUUCUUACAAUUCAUCAGCAAUUCUAUGUGAUGAACAUGCACUAAACAUAAGAUAAGCUACAUUGAUAAUAAAGUCUAUUCAUUAACUUUAGCUGAAUAGCAUACAUUAAUUAAAGCACGAAAAAUAAGCAAAAACUGUAUAUGCAAGUAUUUGAGAAUAUUAUUGUUGUAUUAUUGCAGCAAAUUCUAAAUCUAUUUUAUUCAUUAAACAAUCCGAUAAACCAAUAUAUGUAAGUAAUAAUGGUAAUGGACAUAAUAAAAGUAAAGCUUCAUAUGCUUAUGUUGAUGAUUGUUUCGUACGUGCAUAUAAUUCUCCAACAAGUUCAAUAAGAAUAUUAUCUGAUGAUGAUAUUAUUGAUGAACUAUCAAUUAUUCUUUGUUCUUCAUUAACAUAUUCAUUAUUUAAUGAAUUUAUAUUUUUAUUUGGUCAUUGUAAUCGGUAA